ACGUCGGUCUGUGUGCACUCUGUUUACUAUAAACGCGCCGCAGCUUGCCUAAUUAGGCUGUCAACAUCUGCGAGAAAAACACUGAAACCGAUCACAGGAGGGACAAAGCACCGUUAAACACUUUAUAGUAAUUGAGUAUCCCAGAAACUAUCCCCAUUACAAGGAAAGAACCAACGAUUGCUUCCAACUUAGUUUUCACAUCUAUAUUUUGCAUAUCUAGCCGACUACCCCCAUUGGUCAUCCCAUCAAAUAGACGCGAUAUUUCUAAUUGCACUCUCACAUUAUCCACAGAAACAUUUUUGUCUUCAAAUUGGAUUUCGAUUUUUUUUUAAUCCAUCAAAUAGCCAUCAGCUCUUUCCGUUGGAUCUCUCUCUUUUCUUAAAAUUAAGAGAACUGAAUACCCUGCUAUUAUCCUACUAGCCUUUGGUCUUUUCCCCCCAUAUAUUCACAAUAAUUAAACAAAUAGCAAAGAAGGAAGGAAACCCCCCCACCCCCUCCCGGUUGAUCCCAACUUUGUUUUAAAAUAGAAGAAAAAGAAUACUCACUAGCCGGUUUUGGAGAUAGUGACGUUAUCUGUAGAUAGGAUACAACCCUGCUCAUCAUGCCACAAACUAUUAAUAACGAGAAUGAGUACAGGUUAACUCGUUCCAAGGCUGUUCAUCUGACCCUUGAUGAACAACUGACGACUGGUACCAAGCCAGUUCAACCUCCUGUAACUGUUUCGUCCAACACCACAGCCAAUGAGGCAGUUCUGGUGAACACACGCGAGUACUUGGGUGACAUGUCUAAUCAAUAUGGAUUGGAUAAACCCAGUGGUUCGUCUACAAUGGGAACAGGUGUCAAUUCUAACGUUGCUAAUAUUAAUACUAAUACCAGCAAUACUAAUAACAAUAAUAGCAUGGCAAUCCCACCCAGACGUCCGCUUGGAGGUGACAUAAAACCAUUACAACAAAGAUUGAAGCCCAAUAGUUCCAUUGCUGUUCCUGGUACUCAACAACAAUCAUCAGCUCCUCCACCUCCACCACCCCACAAAAACCCAUUAGCACCAACUGAUAAUAAUACUAAUACUACCCAUAAUCAUAAUCAUAUCACCCCUGCAUCGACUCUUGCUGUCCCUCCUAGACUUCCUCAAAAACGCCAAGCAACAGAAUCAUCAACUAAUUUGGUGGAAAAACUUCAUUAUAAUGUUUCCAAUGAAAAUAAUCAUAAUAAUAAUAAUAGCAAUAGCACUAAUCAAACUUUUAAGAAAUCUAAAAUCAUCGUUGAUUAUGAAUGGGAAGAUUUGGAUGAAGAAGAUAUGGAUGAUCCAUUAAUGGUUAGUGAAUAUGUGAAUGAUAUUUUCCCUUACUUGAGAGAAUUAGAAUUGAAAACACUUCCAGAUUCACAAUAUUUAUUCAAGCAAAAACAUUUAAAACCCAAGAUGAGAUCAAUCCUUGUGGAUUGGCUUGUUGAAAUGCAUUUGAGAUUCAGAUUACUUCCUGAAACUCUUUUCCUUGCUAUUAAUAUUAUGGAUAGAUUCAUGUCAUUGGAAGUGGUACAGAUUGAUAAAUUACAAUUAUUAGCAACUGGAUCACUUUUCAUUGCUGCUAAAUAUGAAGAAGUAUUCUCUCCUUCAGUUAAAAACUAUGCCUAUUUCACUGAUGGUAGUUAUACUGAAGAAGAAAUUCUUCAAGCGGAGAAGUAUGUUCUUACUGUACUUAACUUUGAUUUAAGUUAUCCAAAUCCAAUGAAUUUCUUGAGAAGAAUUUCCAAAGCUGAUGAUUAUGAUGUACAACUGAGAACUUUGGGGAAAUAUUUGCUCGAGAUAUCCAUCAUAGAUUACAAGUUUAUCGGGAUGAUGCCAUCGUUAUGUUCUGCUGCUGCAAUGUAUAUUGCCAGAGUCAUAUUGGCCAAGUCCCCUGUAUGGAAUGGUAAUUUGAUUCACUACUCGGGCGGGUACCGUGUGAGCGACAUGAAAGAAUGCAUUGAACGUAUAAUUGCAUUUCUUGUUGCACCAGUUGAACACGAUGAAUUUUUCAAAAAAUAUGCCAGUAGAAAGUUUAUGAAGGCAAGUAUACUAUGCAGAAGUUGGGCAAAGAAAGUAGUUGCUGAAAACAGAGAUAUCUUUGCUGAAGGCAAUUAAAGAAAGAAGACUAAAAGACAUAAAACAACAAAAAAAAAAUUUUUAAAGAAUAACAAUUAAUGGUUUACAGAUAGAUGUUGAUCUACUUCAAGUGGUUGUUAGCUGCUAUAUAUACAUGCAUUAUAUAUAAAUAUAUAUACCCAU